AUGUUGUCACCGGUGACCAGAUGGAUCAGGCAAAUCUCGAACGGACUCCUCUACAAUUUAGGUACAAUUGAACCACAGAGGCCCCCGGAAUAUACUGUGCCGACGGCGAAUGUUUUGCAGAAUCUCUGUCCCCUGGACCCAAAUGCUCUUCCCAUUUUACUUCAGACAACCCCAGGAGAUGGUUCAACGGACCCACUGACACCCGUGUCCUACCGUCCAGGAACCACAAGGGCACUGGUGGAGGAUCCAUUAGCACAAUCUAGCCUACUAGUCAAUUCCUUAUCUGCCACAUUCAACAACCCUUCAAUAUUACCUGCCCAAAUCGGACUUGGUAUGAGUCCAACAAUUGAGUCUACUCUGCACUCACAACCGGGGCUGGGUCAACUCUCAUGUACCAUGACUCUACCUCCAGCAAUUGGCCUAUCGUCGGACCAACAGAAUAUACCCAAACCGCGCUAUUUCACAUUUGAUGGUCAACAUCGAAAGUUCUACCUAUCUGCACGGUAUUUAAGAUCCGCUCAACGACAGCGAAGGCACAGACGAAGAGUUGCACAGCGGUUAAAAGAGCAGGCGCGUGCUGAAAUGAAUCAGAUCCAGAACGCCAUUUCUUAUGGAUAUCCGGGGGACACAAGGCAACCACAUACACCGAGGGAAAAGACAAUCAUACCUCCAUCUGAGAGCGCACCGGAUAAAACGCUGGACAUUGUAUCCAUCACAAGCGAAGUGGCCAAUGAAAACGGAAUACCAUUGCUUUGUUGGAAAGACAUUGACUUAGAUCUUGAAGUUAGAUCCAUUGAUGACGAAACUGAGUUAGCACGAUUAACAAGAAGGGCUUCAAAAGACAAGAACGGCAGAACUCCAACUGCUCAAGAGCCUCGAUUUUCAAAACUUCAACCUUCCUUUGCAUGCAUUGCACCGAGUAUAAAAGAUAUGGAGGAUAUAAACCUGGAACACGAAUAUUCACAGAAAUCCCCGAAAAUUGUGACGAUAGGACAAGAAAGUGAAGCAAAGAAAUAUACAAUAAAUACGCUCAAACGCAUGUGGCCCACAACUAAACACAACAAGAUCUCGGUCAGUACGGAACCAACAAUUUUAGAGAAUACGAUGAUUUCCUCGUUAGACAAAGAUCAACCAAAUGAGAGAACACCCGCAGCAUUGCAAGCCCUUAGACCAGUGCCAGCAAACAAACCACGCAUUGGACAAACACUAUCACCAGGCCACUCAUCCACACCAGCAGGUUACCAUAGUAUCAAACAAAUUACCCCCACCCAUUCGACGGCAAGCGCCAUGCUCAAUCAAUCUGUCCUACCGCAGAACAGGUACCCUAAACAAAUCUCCACGUUGCCUACAUUCACUCAAAACAUCACUUCUCUUCCACCGAUCAAGGGUUCAUCAAGCUUCCAGAAUGAGCAUAUACAAAGUCUAUUGCAUUCCACGGUGAUUAGCAAUCCAGCUGCAUUGGACUCUGUGGAUUCCGAGUUAGAUGAGCGAGCACUAAUCCACGAUAAAUCUCGACUCUCGUUAGUCUCAUCACGUGGAGAUCUGAACAGUGAUGUGCAAGUUCAACUCAGCUAUUACUCCCAGCAAGAGAGUGUUAAAACGGAAGAGGAUUUAUCGUUUUUCUCCUUCCGGGAUAGGUUCAGCACAAAAGAGGAUAUCUCUAAAGUCACGGUGCCAAUCAGUCUGUCCCUGUUGAUUAUGACCACCUAUAUUGUGAUCGGAGCAGUUGUGUUCUCCAAAUGGGAGAACGAAGGCUAUCUGAAAUGGUCAUAUUUUUGUUUUAUCACUUUGUCAACAAUCGGUUUUGGAGAUAUCGUCCCAGGUAAGUGA